AUGUCAACACCACCUAAAGCCUACAUCCGAGAAGCCAAGCUUCCGCAGGAAUUCGGCGAGCUGAGCACCACCGCUUCACGAGCCUUCGCCUCGCAUCCCCUCAACACCUAUUGGUCAAAUCAGAAGGUGGCGGUGCACCUCCAGGAGGGCAAGCAGAAAGAGAAGAGCCUACGCGAGUUAGCCCGCCUACUGGAGAGUACCCUGCGCUUCGUCUGGUUGACCGGUGGUCGUAUCAUGGUCGUCGCCGUGCCCGACGCUGACGGCAAGGAGCACCUAGCAGCAGGAGCGGCGUGGAGUGGGCCAGAUUCGUCUGAGAAAGCGAGCCUGCUAGCCGUCCUUCGUGCCAAAUUCUAUCGUCCGAUCCUCGACUGGGGGCUUGCCCCGUUGAAGAGAGGCCUUGGAGAGUACCUUCCGGUAUGUGACAGACAGCGAAAAGAGGCCGCUCGCAAGUACGGCGUGGAAGAGGAUGGCUACUGGUACCUCGAGUUGCUCUUCACCAAUCCAGACGACGAAGGACGCGGACACGGCGGCAAGCUGCUCAGGGAGAUGGAUGCCUACGCGCCGGACAAGAUCUUCAUGCUUCAUGCCUCGACGGAACGGACGAUCGCCAUCUACAACCAUAAAGGGUGGAAGACAUGCGGCGAGGACACGAUUGGCGUCGGGAAAGCCGCUGAGGACGGGACUCGCGCUAGAGGGGAGAAGGCCAAGGGAGUGCGGGUUGUACUCAUGCUCAAGGUAAGUUUAGCACGUGCCCUGUGGUUUCCUGCACUCACCGAAGACGAUAGGAGCCUGCAUCGAGAUCUUCGUAAAGGUCGCUCACUCGGACUCUUCGUAUUCCCGAUGCCACAACAUCUUAGGCGAUACGAGCUUGGACAUGACCCUACGAACGCGCGCUGUACUAAUGUAGAGGUACAACCAUUGUUUUCGAAGGGGAUAGAUGUGAUGUUAUGGUUUGGUUCCGCAUGUCAUAGAAGGCGCGAAUCAGGACAGAGUCUGACAGACCAUGGGAACCGAUUCGGAUUGACUGGCAGAGAAUAGUAUUCACGUAUGAUACAUAUAGGACCCUUGAGCCUGAUACAACUACACAAUAAAGCAACGUAGAGUAUACAGCAGGAAGUACUAGAGA